AUGAUUUUGAUAGAAAAAAAGAAUAGAAAUAAACUUGAGGAUGAGUGGAGAAACAAGAUAGAGAAGAAGAAGGUUGUGGGUCUUGUUUAUAUACUUUUAGAAGAGAAGACGAAAAGUAAAACAGGUAAUCAGAGUGAUCGAUCAGUUAGCCAUCAAUAUGAACCUGUUGGUAUCACUCCGGUGAUACUGCUUGCAUAG